CUCUCAGCUGGGGAGGGGCCCUGAAGUUCUAGCUGGGGCGGUCAGGGCCUGCUUCAUGGGUGUGUCCCUGUGCGUCAGCCCGAACCCUCUGUGUAGCUUAAUGUUCUACUGACAUCUACUAAGGGGCCUCCCGUUUUCCUGCUGCCGGUUGUGUCUGGUGCUCGGGGUGACCAGGUGCACACUCCCUCCUGCCACCCCCCACCUCCAGGAUAGGCCAGAGACCUGGCACCUGGCCAACAGCCCCUCCUCCCCUCCCCAGGCCUUGCAAGUGUGGGGGGAGGGGGAAGCUGGGAGCCGGCUGGCAGCCGGGCCACCGCUGCUGACCUGGACAGUGGCAGGGGUCUCCGCGGGGGUUGGGCAGGUAAGGGUGGGACAGAACCUGGUGGGAGUUGGGGUUCAGGCUGGAGUCAGCGCUGGCUUCCUCCUGGCUCCACUUCCUGCUGCGGCCGGCGGUGUGGGCCCUGCACAUUAAUGUUCUCUGGGCCUCAGUUUCCCCUUCUGUAAAUGGUACUGAAAUAUCCCUGCCUCUGUGGGUUGUAUGAACUCAGACAUGGUGGCCCGGCCUUGGGGCUUCUGACGCACUUGGCACCUAGUCGGGGGCCUCAUUCAGUCGGCCCUGCCCGGCCCGGGGCCCCUUCAGCUGGCUCCCUGCUCACAGCCUCACGCUGGGAAGUUCCAAGGCCCAGGCUCUGCUGGCCUUCAUGGGAUUUGGACUUGGCCUCCACCUGGGAAGUGGCUUCUUCUUCCUCCAAAGGCUGGCCCAGCCCUGGGGCCCAGGACACAGAGGCUCCUGUUUGCUGGCCCUACCCCUGUGUGGGGCGUUCACUGUUGAAUUGGCCCACACAGAUCCCGUGUCUUUGUGGGGUGGUGACCUCCCAGGAGUGAGCCACCAGCCACUUCCUCCAGACAGGAGAAGAUGACCCCUGGUGGGUCUGGUGGCUACUUCAGGGUCUGCUGAAAGCUCUGGUGACCAUGACCAUGACCAUGAAACUGAGGACCCCGCUCCUUUGCCACUGCGGGCCCUGCGGCUGCCAGAAGGAGCAGCGGUCAGCAGUGUUCGUGGUCCUCUUUGCCCUCGUCACCAUCCUCAUCCUCUACAGCUCCAGCAGUGCCAAUGAGGUCUUCCAUUACGGCUCCCUGCGGGGUCGCAGCCACCGGCCUGUCAACUUCAAGAAGUGGGACAUCGCCAAUGCCUACAUCCCUCUCCUUGGCAACAAGACGCUGCCCUCCCGGUGCCACCAGUGUGUGAUCGUCACCAGCUCCAGCCACCUGCUGGGCACCAAGCUGGGGCCCGAGAUCGAGCGGGCCGAGUGCACCAUCCGCAUGAACGACGCGCCCACCACGGGCUACGCGGCCGACGUGGGCAACAAGACCACCUUCCGCGUGGUGGCGCACUCCAGCGUGUUCCGCGUGCUGCGCAGGCCCCAGGAGUUCGUCAACCGGACCCCGGAGACCGUGUUCAUCUUCUGGGGGCCCCCGAGCAAGAUGCAGAAGCCGCAGGGCAGCCUGGUGCGCGUGAUCCAGCGGGCGGGCCUGGCCUUCCCCGGCCUGGAGGCCUAUGCCGUCUCUCCCGGCCGCAUGCAGCAGUUCGACGAGCUCUUCCGGGGUGAGACGGGCAAGGACAGGGAGAAGUCCCACUCAUGGCUGAGCACCGGCUGGUUUACCAUGGUGAUAGCGGUGGAGCUGUGUGACCACGUGCACGUUUACGGCAUGGUGCCCCCUGACUACUGCAGCCAGCGGCCCCGCCUGCAGCGCAUGCCCUACCACUACUACGAGCCCAAGGGGCCGGACGAGUGCGUCACCUACAUCCAGAACGAACACAGCCGCAAGGGCAACCACCACCGCUUCAUCACCGAGAAACGGGUCUUCUCGUCCUGGGCGCAGCUCUACGGCAUCACCUUCUCCCACCCGGCCUGGGCCUAGGCCACGCCUGCCGGGGCCACGCCCCUCGGCCGCUGCUGGCCAAUCCAGGCUGGCUGCAGCGUCUCCCAGCCAAUCGGGGCCUCGAUGAGGCUGUGGGGGUGUGGCCUCCAGCCAGUCGGCCCCGGGGGGUAUCUCUUGGCCAAUCAGGGAUGUGGGAUGUUUGGGUUAAUCAGGGGUGUCAGGGUCUGAGCAUAGUCAGGGUAUUGGGGUGCUUCUGAGUCGAUUUGAGGCGGACACAGCCUUUCCCAUGAGGCCUUGGUUCAGAGCCCCAGGAAUGGCCCCCAGGUCUCUUGGUUUGUGGCUGGGACACUGGGGGUCCUGUCCCAGGGAGCAGGGAGUUUUGUGUUGCCCCCUCAAGUGCCAGCAAACGGAGGGGUUGGAGGGGGCGGGGCCGCGGGCUCCCGGGAAGGGAGUGGCUUGUGGGGAGGCCCCAGGGCUCCGAGGCUGGCGUCCAGCUCCUGGCUCCUGUGUCCUGGGCUGUGGUGGAUAAGCCCCUUCCCCGGGCAGCUUCUGCGGGCCGGAGACCCUCCUCCCCCACUGAGUCCCGCGGGUCCGUUUUCCCUGGGACCGGAGCCCCCAAGCCACUGCUGAGCCCCCAGUGGUGGCAGGGGGACCUGGGGUGCCUCUCCCCGCCUCCUUGAGGAAUACUUUCAGGAAUUUCUGUGUAAACUUCCCCAGGCUUGGGGGACUCCACAGGGAGGGGACAAACUUUAAAACAGUCUUCUGGGCCCCUCAGCCCAGCUGCCGAGAGCUUGGCUCUUAAAGGGCCAGGCCUCUCUUUUCCACCUGUCGGAGAAGCCUUUGGUUGAGACAGGGGGACCCUGACCAACUGGGGUUCCACGGGGUCUCCGUGUGAGGCUGACAGGGGCUUCCGAGGAUCUCCCUGGCGCCAGGCCUGGGAUGGCUCUAGGGAGCCAGGAGCUGCGUCCCUGGCUCCUGGCCCUAAUCAGGCACUUUAUUGACGCUGUUCGUUCUGUGGGCGGGCGGGCGCCCUGCUCUGCCAGAGCCUGGAAGGCCAGGGCUGGAAGCGGGUGCACAGGGGGCGCUGGGGGGCGGUGACUGCCCCAUCUUGGUUUUGUAAUGAUUCCUACAGGAAUAAACACGUCUGAGCUCCA